AUGUCUUUUAACGAUUUAGAAAGAGGUUCAGGAGUGCACAAUAAUCGUAGUUCAAGAUACUACGGUGGAAUUACAACUACAUUUUCAGACGACGAUUCACGUUAUAAAAGUCUAAGCAAAAGUAUAUCACAGCAGAUUUUUAACAUUACAAGUAAUGUGGCUUCAAUACAGAAGCUUGUUAGUUAUCUCGGAACAUCAAAAGACACACCGGAUGUGAGAGCAAAAUUACAUACUUUAACCGAUAAGACACGAGAUUUGGUAAAAGAAACAAAUAAUGGAAUUAAGGCACUUUCUCACUUUGAGGGUUCUAAUGGGCAAAAUCGACAACGUAAACUUGAACAACAAAAAUUAUCCAAAGAUUUUCAAAAGACAUUUCAAGAAUUUCAAAAAGUUCAGCGACUCUCGGCAGAAAAAUUAAGGGAAUACGUUGGUAAAGCAAAAUCACUUAACGCUCGAAACGAUCAAUAUGAGGAAGAAGACUCUGGGAUCGCAGAAGAACAGCCUCUCAUAGAUGAUAGUCAACGAAGAUUUCAGCUUCAAGUAUUAGAUAACGAGAUUGAGUAUAAUGAAUCAUUAAUUGCUGAACGAGAGGUUGAGAUAAGAGAGAUCGAACAAGGAAUCAACGAACUUAAUGAAAUAUUUAGGGAUUUAGGAACUUUAGUAACCGAACAACAAACAAUGUUAGAUAAUAUUGAAAGCAAUGUGACAAACAUUGCCGUAAACGUUCGAAAUGCUGCAGAUGAAUUAAGUACUGCCAGUCGCUAUCAAAAGAAAGCGCGUAAUAGGAUGUGUUGUCUUAUGCUUAUUUUUGCAUUAGUUGGUGGAGUUGUGGUUUUGGCUGCUAUAGCGUGA